AUGGUCCAGAUUAGUGAAGUCAAGGGAAACUCGCGCGAGAACAGGACCGCCACGCACACGCACAUCAAGGGUCUAGGCCUGCGCCCCGAUGGCACCUCAGAAACAUCUGGUGAUGGAUUUGUGGGACAGGCUGCUGCCCGUGAGGCAUGCGGUGUGAUAGUCGAUCUCAUCAAGGCCAAGAAGAUGGCUGGCCGAGCUGUGCUGCUCGCUGGUGGCCCCGGUACCGGAAAGACAGCGCUUGCUCUUGCUGUAUCACAGGAGUUGGGAACCAAGGUUCCUUUCUGCCCGAUCGUUGGCAGCGAAGUCUACUCUGCGGAGGUCAAGAAGACAGAAGCUUUGAUGGAAAACUUCCGACGAGCAAUCGGCCUACGAGUCCGGGAAACAAAGGAGGUUUACGAGGGUGAAGUGACAGAGUUGACUCCGGAGGAGACUGAGAACCCGCUGGGCGGAUACGGACGUACCAUCAGCCAUUUGAUCAUUGGGCUCAAGUCUGCCAAGGGUAGCAAGAAACUCCGUUUGGACCCCAGCAUCUACGAAGCUAUCCAAAAGGAGCGGGUUACCGUUGGAGACGUUAUCUACAUUGAGGCCAACACUGGUGCAUGCAAGCGCGUUGGUCGCUCUGAUGCCUACGCGACGGAAUUCGAUCUUGAGGCAGAGGAGUACGUGCCUGUUCCCAAGGGAGAGGUUCACAAAAAGAAGGAGAUUGUACAGGAUGUAACCCUGCAUGACCUCGAUAUGGCCAACGCCCGGCCACAAGGUGGACAGGAUGUGAUGAGCAUGAUGGGCCAGCUGAUGAAGCCCAAGAAGACCGAGAUUACCGACAAGCUGCGCCAAGAGAUCAACAAGGUGGUCAACCGAUACAUUGAUCAGGGAGUGGCUGAGCUUGUUCCUGGUGUCCUCUUCAUUGACGAGGUUCACAUGCUUGACAUCGAGUGCUUCACAUAUUUGAACCGUGCCCUUGAGUCCUCCAUUUCUCCCAUCGUUAUCCUUGCCUCUAACCGCGGUAACACCGUCAUCCGAGGCACCGACGACAUCAGUGCGGCCCACGGCAUCCCGCCAGACCUGCUGGCCCGCGUCCUCAUUAUCCCCACUACCCCCUAUAACUCCGAAGAGAUAAAGACCAUUAUCCGACUCCGUGCCAAGACCGAGAAUCUCAGCAUCACCGAGCCCGCCCUGGACAAGAUCGCCGAGCACGGCACCAAUAUCAGCUUGCGGUAUGCUUUGCAGCUGCUGACCCCAGCAAACAUCCUGGCCCGAGUCAAUGGACAUCCGGGGGGAAUUGAAGCGUCGGACGUUGCCGAGUGCGAAGAUCUCUUCUUGGACGCGAAACGCAGUGCACAGAUUGUCGCCCAGGACAGCAGCAAGUUCUUGGCAUAG